UUCAUUCCCGGCUGCAUCGGUGGCGACAGCAGCGGCCCCGGCGGCGACUCUCUGGCCAGCGGCGGCGGUAGAAGGCCCCGGAAGCAGAGUGGAGACUGAGUUCGGGCUGGCGCGCUUCUCUCCCGUCUCGCCUUCUCGGCCUGUUCGCUCCCUCGCGCGACUGCUCCCCUCCUCGGCCGCCGCGGGCGGGAUGCGCCGCUGCCCCGCCGCUGACUGACUGACUGACGGACGGGCGGGACGGACCCGCCGGGCCGCGCCUCUGAGGCUGUCCAUGAACUCUCCAUCCUCUGGCUUGGCCUUUCUUGAAUGCUGAGAUUACAGGUAUGGAUGUACCUCAACAUAUUUACCAUUUACCAGUCAAAACACACUUUUCCUGUUUGUGGCAGUUAUGAAUAAAGCUGCCACAUAAUAUUUCCAUUUCUCAUAGCUACCUCUCAGUAUCAGCUCACAUCACGGAGAAGAUAAUUUUGAAGACAUGUUUUGUUGAAAAGAAAACAGAAAAAUUUUACGAAUGGGAUGAACACGCUCCAGUUAAUUGACUACCUACUGCAAUUUGAAUGUUAACAUUACUCAACUGGUACAGUUACCUAGUGAUGUACCUAUUCUCACAAUACCCUGUUUCAGUGUGCUUGUCUUGAUUAAAGAAUUCAAAGUGGAGUACCGCAAACUUGAUAUGGAUAAUAAAAAGAAAGACAAGGACAAAUCAGAUGAUAGAAUGGCACGACCUAGUGGUCGGUCAGGGCACAACACUCGAGGAACUGGGUCUUCGUCAUCAGGAGUUUUAAUGGUUGGACCUAACUUCAGAGUUGGAAAAAAAAUUGGAUGUGGCAAUUUUGGAGAAUUGCGUUUAGGAAAAAAUUUAUACACAAAUGAAUAUGUGGCAAUUAAGCUGGAGCCCAUGAAAUCCAGAGCACCACAACUACAUUUGGAAUACAGAUUCUACAAGCAGUUAGGAUCUGGAGAUGGUAUACCUCAAGUUUACUAUUUUGGCCCUUGUGGUAAAUACAAUGCAAUGGUGCUGGAACUGCUGGGACCUAGUUUGGAAGACUUGUUUGACUUAUGUGAUAGAACAUUUUCUCUUAAAACAGUUCUCAUGAUAGCUAUUCAGCUGAUUUCUCGCAUGGAAUAUGUCCAUUCAAAGAACUUGAUAUACAGAGAUGUAAAACCCGAGAACUUCUUAAUAGGACGACCAGGAAACAAAACACAGCAAGUUAUUCAUAUUAUAGAUUUUGGUUUGGCAAAAGAAUAUAUUGAUCCAGAGACAAAGAAACAUAUACCAUACAGAGAACACAAGAGCCUUACAGGAACAGCUAGAUAUAUGAGCAUAAACACACAUUUAGGAAAAGAACAAAGUAGAAGAGAUGAUUUAGAAGCUUUAGGUCAUAUGUUCAUGUAUUUUCUGAGGGGCAGUCUACCUUGGCAAGGCUUAAAGGCAGACACAUUAAAAGAGAGGUAUCAGAAAAUUGGAGAUACAAAACGAGCUACACCAAUAGAAGUGUUGUGUGAAAACUUUCCAGAAGAAAUGGCAACAUAUCUUCGUUAUGUAAGAAGGCUAGAUUUUUUUGAAAAACCAGACUAUGACUACCUAAGAAAGCUUUUUACUGACUUGUUUGAUCGAAAAGGAUAUAUGUUUGAUUAUGAAUAUGACUGGAUUGGUAAACAGUUGCCUACUCCAGUGGGUGCAGUUCAGCAAGAUCCUGCUCUCUCAUCAAACAGAGAAACACAUCCACACAGAGAUAAGACGCAACAAUCCAAAAACCAGUCGGCAGACCACAGGGCAGCUUGGGACUCCCAGCAGGCAAAUCCCCACCAUUUGAGAGCUCACCUUGCAGCAGACAGACAUGGUGGCUCGGUACAGGUUGUAAGUUCCACAAAUGGAGAGUUAAACACAGAUGACCCCACUGCAGGACGUUCCAAUGCACCCAUCACAGCCCCUACAGAAGUAGAAGUGAUGGAUGAAACCAACUGCCAGAAAGUGUUGAACAUGUGGUGCUGCUGUUUUUUCAAACGAAGGAAAAGGAAAACCAUACAGCGCCACAAAUGACUCUGGAGACAGGCAGAUCAUGGGGAGUUACUUAAGUGUUCAUCUGCUGUCUUGUGAUUAAAAUCAUCUCUGUAGUGACCACAUAUAUUUUGAAGGACUCACUCUUAGAAACAAACAUGUCAUACUUUCAUACUUCAUUUUGUGGUUGUCUUAAAUUCAUAUUUUUUUUUUCAAAUUUAACUUUUAUGGAAGCUUUAAAGUUUUGUCAAAACAUGAGUGCUUUGCCCAUCAAUGAAUGGAAUGGACCAAUGAGGUAAAUGAUGAAUGCAGUUCUAUAGGACAUUUUUCAGAAGCUCUUCUCCUGUUGUAGUGAGUAGUAGUACAGUAUCUUGUCAACUAACUAUAUACCUAAUUUGGUUUUUAUAUCUUCUGUAAAAGCAUAAACAAGCAGAAUUUUCUUCCUAGUGGAUAAUGCAACAGAGAAAAGAGCUCCCCGAUAUUCAAAAAGGAAAAUGUUAUUCUUUGAGAAGUUCAUAUUUUGUGACAUCUGCAUUGAUAUCAGUAUUACUGAUGGUACUGUUAUUCAUGAGUCAUUUUAACAUUCUCUCUGUGAAAUCGUGGUACAGUCACUGCCCGGAGGUACUGCGGAAAAAGCUCUGUGGGCUUGGCAGAUGGUGGUGGUAAAAUGAAUCACAAGAAGUGUGGGAAAUACAAGCUCUGCUUUUGUUGCACCACUAUGUGAAGUACAGUGUUGCAGAAGUGGCAAAAGUGCUUAUUUUUAAAAAAUAUAAAAAUAUUUGUAUAAUGUAACUUUAUGCUUCCAGACAAUAAUGUACCUUAAUAGCAAGAAAUGAACUUAAUUGAGAAGUGAUACAAGGUGAAGUUGUUUUUUUAAAAAAAUACACUAAGGAAAAUAAAUGUGAACCUUGUUGAAAGGUAUAAAGUUAAAGCCAGAGGAGAUCCCACUGAAAUCUACUGCUGAAUAAUCACAUUUCCCUUUAGCAGAAACCUUUGGGUGUACCAUGCAAUGGUGUCUGUUUAUAUUUUGUUCUUUGAUUAAAAGAAAGACCUCCAGCAAUAAAAACUGGGUCACUCUGUUGCCCUCUGUGCACAUUACUCUGUUGUAUUCAACUUUGCUAGUUCUCUGGAAUUUUCCUAUUCUUUAGCAUAAUUGUAACAAUUGAAAGAUAUUUUGAAGAGGAUGGGUCAGGUGCUUUGCCUCCAUAGUCUUUUGAAGUGCCUGCAUAUGAGCAACGUAACAGUUCUGUAAAAAAGGAAGCCCAUUCCACUUUACAAGCAUGCUUUGUUUUAAGCCACAAAGACACAGAUGUACUUUUGUCACAUUCUGCUGGCCAGAAUUUUCAAGAAGGAUCAGAACAAAGAGACUGUCUGGAAAGAUAAUUAUUUUGAUCAAAUCUCAUGUUCAUCUUUCAUUUAUGAAAGUGUUGCUUAUUUCUUCCAUGCAGUCCUUAUUUGUCUUUAAGUGUGUACCCCCAGGAUGCUUAUUUAUUUUUAUUGUCUCAAGGUAACAUUUAAAAUAUAUAUUAAAGUAAAUGAAUCACAUUUUUUCAUUAUUACAUUUACAAGGAUUUAAUUGUACUUUGUAAUUUAUUUUUCUUACUAGCUAAAAGUUCAGUGCUUUGUUUUUGAUGAUUUAGGCACUCAUACAAACACCAUAAAUCGGGACAUUGUUUAUCUUUGUUGCUCUGAAUCCUAUGAGUGAUCUUUUCUUCAUUUUCAAGACCCACACUCACCCUAGAAAACAUUUGCUGUAUAAUUUGGUCAAUCGUUUCCAUUCUGUGUAUUUGUAUACUGUCACAAUGUCUUAAACCACAGGAGUUACAUACUGAGUUUUUGUUUUUGUUUGCUUUGAGCAAGCUAGAUGGAUGUUCUGGCCAUUAUAAUGUGAAACCACUUCUUUCUUUACAGUAUUUGACCAAAUUUGUGUGUCUCUGAUAUUUGUAAAUACAUGCAAUAUCUGUAUUUCUUAUCAUAAACCUAUUUAGUUUUAUUCUCAGUAGGGUUUUUCGGACUGUACAGUGUUUAUAUGAUCUGAACUCCUUAUACAUAAGAAGGUGUGUAUAUUAAUCCAAUUAUGGACUUAAAUAUUUUAAAAUAUAAAUACCCUUAUUUGCUGCAAAGACCAGUGUGUAGACAUUUGCUUUUUAGCAAUAUUUUUAAGUGCUCCAUUUUAAUGCCAAGGAGUAAGUCUUUUGGCAACACAAACUGGUCAAUAAUAGGUAAUGCAGGUAUGUUCAGGUUAGACCAACAGUGUUUUGCAUUUUUAUGGUUCUUUUCUGUCAACACUAAUGAAGUCAACAUUGCCUGAAUGUCUGAAUAAUGAAACACAUCCCUGUUUAAAAGUAUGUAACUGAAAAAGAAAUAAAAAAUAAAGGUAGUUUUUCUAAA